AUGGAUUUGCAACACGGUGUGUAUUUUGCACUAGGAGCACUGGUACUGGUAUCAGGUCUGGUAAAAUGUCAGACUUGUAGUAACGGCCUGUGUAGAAAACGAGAUAUUACGAGAUUAGGAGAAGAAAUAACUGAAGUGAAAAACGAAAUUAGCAGAUUUUCUGGUGAAAUGUCUAAAGUGUUGGAUCAAUUGGUACAGAUGGACACCAGACUAAAUAACAUUGCUGCGAUGUUUGAAAGCACUACAAAUGUACUCAAAAAAGGUUCAGCGGUGUUUGAAAGCACUACAGAUGUACCCAAAACAGGUUCAGCGAAGUAUGGUGAGGCUUCAGUCUCAGCAGGAAUUACUUGCUUGGAUAUUCAAAAGAAGCGUUUACCAGAAAAACUACCAUCAGGUUUGUAUUGGGUGACACUAGGUAACCGAAAGGCCCAACAACUCUAUUGUGACAUGGAUACAGAUGACGGUGGUUGGUCCUUAGUAUGGACAUACACAUUUACGAAUUAUGCAAAUUUUAACAGUGACAGCAAUGCAGUCACCCCUCGCCCAUCGUGGGAUGAUACCGGAUAUACUAAAGCAAACACCCCUGCUUCUACAAGUCCUCCUCUGUCUGAGACGCAGCUUGGAGCACUUGAGUUUGCGAAGUGGAAACAAAUCGGGAGGGAAUUCAUGAUUAAGUCGAACAUCAACCAAUGGAUCGCGUGUACACCAAACAUUGGGAGCUUUGUUGAUUGGGAAAAUGGCUCAUUGAAUUGCAGAGUGGUGAAAGUCGUUGCAACUAAAUGUACAGAUGUAGUCCCUACAAGAAUUUCCUUUUGGAGGCCAAAGGGUCCCGUUCUUAGAGCGAGCGAUGUUUUCUAUUUCUUUGAUACAAAUAAAGGUUCAAAUUGGCCAGCACACGAUCCUUGUGGGGUAUACGGUGAAAAUCACAUUAAUGAUGUUGCUAACCCAAGGGGUAACGUGUUCAUCCGCUGAGUAAAAACGUUAACAAUUUAAUGAAACCAAUAAAACAUGCUAUAAUACAUAAAAGAA